AUGUCGACCGAGCCGACGCGCCCGCUGCUGCUGCCGCAAAACCGCAAACUCCGCCACCUGCGCGGCAUUUCGCUGAGGAACCUGACCUUCUCGCGCCCGCGCGGCCACGCCAUCGACGACGCUGCCCUAAACAAGAGUCCCGCCAAGCUCGAGUCGCUGCGCGAUGCACCCCAGCUGCACCAUGCGCUCUCGUCCGAAGACCUGCGCCCGCCGGCUGGCCGCCGCAGAAGUACGAAUCUGGCCAACGACAGCCCCGCGGCUCGACAGAAGAAACUCGAGGACGUCUUCGAGAGCCGCCUGGCCGACGCCUUCUUCUCGCUGCAUGUCGACGCAGAGGAGGACCCGGUCUACAUCAGCGAGGUUGCAGAGCGCGCGACGAACUUCAAUUUUCGCUUCUUUGACCUGUCCGAGCUCGAGUCUCCCGCCACGCAAUCGCCCCAGGUGACAAUUAGGGUAUGGGCAAAGCGCAACAGCGCCUGGACGCUGCUGCUGCAGGAUGAGGUCGACUUGCGGGCCCUGAACUGGCUGGGCAGCCUACAGAACGUGCAUUUCCCGCCGAACAGUCUCGCCUUCCACAUGACCGACGGCAUCUACUCCCUGGAGCUCUCGUCCAAGCCCGCGCCGCCCAAGCACGCUCCCGCGGUGCCGACAUCGUCCUACAACGCGCUGAUGAAACUGGCCACCCUGGACAACUCGAUCCAGGACGCGCUGGCUACCCGCCGCCUGCUCGCCCAACAGAUUAACGAUCUCCUGAGCCGGGAGGCCAAGAACGAAGUGCCCCACGCCGAAGACCGGCUCGCCUUGGCCAACAAAUACCUGGCGCAACAACGGCGGGCCGUUGCGGCGGCGAAGAAACGAAACGAAGAGCUGAGAGCGUCCAUAGCCGCGCGCAGGGACGCCAUAGCCAAGGGCCGCGCCGCGCAGCAGAAAGCCGCCCAGGACGUGUCCAACGCGGCGGAGCAGCUCGCGCAUUCCCAGGCGCUCCUCGCCAAGACCAAAGCCGACAUCCGCGGCCAGCGCCGCCGCAUCUGCACCGACCUCUCCCGCAUCUACAACAUCACCCCGACCCCCAACGCCCCGCCGCUGUCCUUCCAGAUCUGCGGCCUCCCGCUGCCCAACACAACCGACUACGACUCCGCCACCACGACCUCCUCCCACCCGACCUCCUCCUCCUCCUCCGCCUCCGCGCCCGCCACCACCGAGGACGCCCUCUCCGCCGCCCUCGGCCUCGUCGCCCAGCUGACCGACCACCUGCAGUACUACCUCGCCGUGCCGCUGCCCUACCCGCUGCGCCCGCUCGGCUCGCGCGCCACCGUGCGCGACGACAUCUCCCAGCUGCCCGGCGGCGCCGGCCCCGCCGGCGGGCCCCUGCGCGAGUUCCCGCUGUACGUCCCGCGCGGCGGCUCCGGCGCCCAUUUUCGGUUUGAUUACGCCUGGUUCCUGCUCAACAAGGACGUCGAGGCGCUGUGCGCGUCGCAGGGGCUCAAGGUCGUGGAUAUUCGCCACACGCUGCCGAAUCUUAAGUAUCUGUUGUAUGUGUGCAGCGCCGGCAGCGAGGAGAUGCCUGAGCGGAAGAGGGGCGGCGUGAGGGGCCUGUGGGCAGGGAGGGUCAAGGGGCUGGCGGCGGGUGGUGGUGGUGGUGGUGCUGCGAGUAGGGAUGUGCACGGCGCUGCCGACGAUGCGAGCAGUAGUGUGGGUGGGGGCAGUCGGCGCGGGAGUGAUGUGAGUGAUGCCGCGGGGAGGAGAGGGGAGGAGUUGAGGAGGGCGGCAACGGCUGCCGCCGCCGGUGGUGGUGGUGGCGGGAAGACCGGGGAAACCGGCCUGGCGCUGCCGUUUGCGGAGGGAGAGGCUAAGCUGUCGUUGCGGACGAAGGGCAUGAGGGAGAGUGCGGCUGACUGA